AUGACAACAAGUAGACCUGAAACGCAGAUCCAAGACGAAGAGAUAAUAUUAAGACCUACGGUACAUAUUACUCAAGCAGGAAGAGAAUAUAAAAAUAUUAUCAGACGAAUUUGGCGUGCUUGUAAUUAUUGGAUCAAGUGUCCCAAAGACAGACAAAAAAUUUAUGGAAAUAUUGGAGAAGCAUUUUAUGAUGUUGGUCUUAUUGUAGAUGAUAUGGAAGAUCGUACAAUACUUCGUCGAGGAAUUCCGGCUGCUCAUAUGGUUUAUGGAAUUCCUUUGACAGUGCAAGCUACGAUUUACAAGACUAUUCUUUCACUUGAAGAAUUGUUUCAUUAUUUAGAAGAUAGUAAGGAAGAAGCUAUCGAUGGACUAAUUAAGGUCGGAGUUCGCCUGUUUACAGGACAAGGAGUAGAGAUACACUUCACUGAUGCCGUACAGUGCCCUGACUUUGACGAUUACAAAGCGAUAAUUUACGGCAAAUGUCUCGCUGGUUUGGACUGGGGAGUUAGAUUGUUAGAAUUAUUUGCCAAUAAAGAAAAAAUCCAAUUUAGUGCAAAAUUUUGGGACAAUUUGAGUUAUUUUGCAAUGAUAUAUGACGACUAUGUAAAUUUGCACAACCCUAAGUGGUCAAGCGUUCGGGUCUAUUGUGAUGAUCUCGAUGAAGGAAAAUUCAGCUUCCCUAUGAUUCAUGCUGUUCGGAGUCAUCCAGAUGAUCAUCGGCUUUUGAGUAUCCUUUACACGAAAGAUGAUAUUCAUUCAGUCAAAGAAAACAUUAUUUUUUCUUAA